AAAUCCACACAGAGCUUUUCCUGAGAAUCAUAAAUCGUAAUUUUGGUUAUCGAUUGAUUAGUGUUGAAGUAAAAAAAUGGGUUUAGGGAGGAGAGUGCACGGUUUGGUUAUGGUAUCUUUGGUACUUAUGGCCAUUGUAACGAUGUGUUGUGUCCAAGCAACCACCGAGGAAGAAGCGGCUAAAGAUGAAUCAUGGACUGAUUGGGCCAAGGAGAAGAUCGGUCUGAAACACGAAGAGGACAUCGCUCAGGAAGCGACUGAUAAGGCCAGGGACGCUAAAGACGAGGCCACACGCAAAGCAGAGGAAGCGGUAGGAGCUACGAAGGAGAAAUCGGAAAGGGCUUACGAGACAGCGAAAUCGAAAGCCGGCGAGACUAUUGGUUCCGUGAAAGACAAGGGAACGCAGAGCUACGAUACAGCCGGUCAAGUGAAAGAUGACUUGACUCACAAGUCAAAAAAGGUUAAAGACAGUUUGUCGGGAGACGAAAGCGAUGAGACGUGGACUGAUUGGGCUAAAGAGAAGAUCGGAAUCAAGCACGAAGACGAUGAAAACUACCCUAACGUGGGGGACACGGUGUCGGAGAAGGCUAAAGAAGCUAAAGACGCAGCUAAACGCAAAGCGGGAGAAGCUAAAGGAAGGUUGGAAGAAACGGUUGAGACGGCGAAGGAGAAAGCUAGCGAUUUCACGAGUGCGGCUAAGGAGAAGGCGGAGAAGUUGAAGGAGGAAGCGGAGAGAGAAAGCAAGAUUGCGAAGGAGAAGAGUAAAGAAAGCUACGAGAGCGCGAAAUCCAAAUCCGAUGAGACUUUGGAGUCUGCAAAAGAUAAAGCGUCUCAAAGCUAUGAUUCAGCUGCUAAGAAAUCGGAGCAAACUAGAGAUACCGUCUCUCACAAGUCAAAACGUGUUAAAGACAGCUUGACCGACGAUGAUGCUGAGCUCUAAAAUUUGUGUUUUUUUUCAAAAAAAAAAAGUUGUCGAGGAGUAUAAACAGCUUUUGAGAUGGGUUAUGUUGCUUUUUCUUGUUCCUGAUGUAUAAAUAUGUAUCUUGUAUGAAUCUGUUUUCAUGUUUCUUUUCUUUCUUUUUUGGUUUCGUUGUGCAUCGAUCGGUUGAUCUCUUAGGGUAUACAUAUAUCGUAUGUUUUAAAUUAAGAGGCUAGUUGCAGUUGGUUG